AGACCAUCUAGGUCCCAAGAGCUUUCCAGGGCACUUUAAGGACACACAUAGCCACGGUUCCUCCUGGGUGGCACCAUGCAGUCCCUGUGGCUUUGCUGGGCACUCUGGGUACUGCCCCUGGCUGGCCCUGGGGCAGCGAUGACGGAGGAACGGGUCCUGAGCAGUCUCCUGCAGCAACUGCAGCUCAGCCAGGCCCCGACCCUGGACAGAGCGGAUGUGGAGAAGAUGGCCAUCCCUACCCAUGUGAGGUCCCAGUAUGUAGCCCUGCUGCAGAGAAGUCAUGCUGACCGCUCCCGAGGCAAGAGGUUCAGCCAGAACUUUCGAGAGGUGGCAGGCAGGUUCCUGGUGUCAGACGCCUCCACUCACCUGCUAGUGUUCGGCAUGGAGCAGCGGCUGCCACCUAACAGCGAGCUGGUGCAGGCCGUGCUGCGGCUUUUCCAGGAGCCUGUGCCCAGAACAGCUCUCCGGAGGUAUGAGAGGCUGUCCCCACACAGCGCCCGGGCUCGGGUCACCAUCGAGUGGCUGAGAGUCCGUGAGGAUGGCUCCAACCGCACUGCCCUUAUCGACUCCAGGCUCGUGUCCAUCCUCGAGAGCGGCUGGAAGGCCUUCGACGUGACGGAGGCCGUGAACUUCUGGCAGCAGCUGAGCCGGCCGAGGCAGCCGCUGCUGCUCCAGGUGUCGGUGCAGAGGGAGUACCUUGGACCAGGGACCUGGAGCGCACACAAGUUGGUCCGGUUCGCGGCGCAGGGGACACCGGACAGCAAGGGGCAGGGCGAGCCACAGCUGGAGCUGCACACGCUGGACCUCAAGGACUACGGAGCUCAAGGCAACUGUGACCCAGAGGCACCAGUGACUGAAGGCACCCGAUGCUGUCGCCAGGAGAUGUACCUGGACCUGCAGGGGAUGAAGUGGGCCGAGAACUGGGUUUUGGAACCCCCAGGGUUCCUGACUUACGAAUGCGUGGGCAGCUGCCUGCAGCUACCAGAGUCCCUGACCAUCGGAUGGCCAUUUCUGGGGCCUCGGCAGUGCGUUGCUUCAGAGAUGACCUCCCUCCCCGUGCUUGUCAGCAUGAAGGAGGGUGGCAGGACCAGGCCUCAGGUGGUCAGCCUGCCCAACAUGAGGGUGCAGACCUGUAGUUGUGCAUCCGAUGGGGCGCUCAUUCCCAGGGGGAUAGAUCUGUAGUCUGAGUUCUCUUCUCAGUGAGCUAGCUACCUGGUCCUAACUUGGUGCCCACAUUUGACCUUUGCCCUACAGUCUCUCCCGUCUUGGUUUUCUUGUCCAUCACCCCAUCUAAGCACUUACAUGGGUAAAUCAUGUCACUCCAGUAGGACACCCCAGCCCCACUAAACCGAGGACGUGGCUAUGCAGUGAACAGGUUCCCCAGCUGAGUCUGUUUUCUGGCCAGUUCUUAGCUAAGUGUGCAACAAAACCCUAUAGUGAGAACUUUACUUUCACACAGUGAUUGCUGGGGACAGCAUACCAUGCCAGGGAUUAUGCACAGCAGGCUAUGGGAGACAUCUCAGAAGCCUGUGGCAGCUCCUUAUAAAAAACAUUUGUUCCCAUUUCUCCUAACCUUAGCCCUGGACAACGGCUGUAUAGAUUUCUUUCAUGCUUGAUUGCCUUUUAGUUGGUCUUGGUGUGCAUAAUUAUUCUAUUAUAUCUGACUUUCCUACUCCCUUCUCCUUCUGCCCUGGUGAAUUCUGUGAAACUCUAGUUUCCUUGAUGUAAUGAUUCUUAAACAAUUAAAAAUUGAGGCAUAGGGGCAUAGCACGGCACAGUCCUAAUGGCCCAGGUGCAUGCUGUGUGUUCUCAUCUUGGAAACAAUGUAAUAACUGCACAAGGGUAGUUUCAGAUUAAUGCUUGACUUGCAAAGAAAUUAUUGAAGAAAUGAUUAGAAAGUGAAACAGAGCCAACCCGGGGAGCCUGAGAAAGGAAAAAGCUAUUGAAGUUAUGAAAUAAGUUUUGCACAACAUUUGAGAGUGGCUCCUGGAUAAGAAAGUAUAGAAUACAUAAAAUCUUAUAUUAGUAAAACUAAGUCAAAACACUGGGACUCUUAGGAGAGUCAUUGUGUGCAAUGUGCAGCAGCAGAAAGCUAGCGGGAUUGCUGACUUAAGGGUUAACCUGACUUUCUGGCCACUGCCUGGCAGCUUUGCCCAUGUCAUUUAUCAUUAGAACUUCACAAGAAAAUGCUAGUAGCUGGCCUCGGAGCUCUGAGCUCUGAAGUAUAAUAAGUUAAAGUUAAAAUUUAAAUAAUGACAAGUUUGCAAUUAUUGUUAUUUUGGCCACAGGCCUGGAAAGAGGGGAAGCUUGAAACUUUGGGGAACAACUAUAAUUCUUGAUUUUUUUUGUGGGAUGUGGUUAUUCUCUUGAAUUUGAUUUGGCAAUGAGUAUACAAUGUUUUUUUUUUUUUUCUACCUGCCUUUGGAGUAACAAUAAAAGACUGGGGCAAGAAAAAG